CCAAACCUGAUUCCGGUAGGGCAGCCGUCCAACUAAGGACUGAGGGGGAAAAACAGGGACGAGGAACUGUCAGUUUCCGAAAUAAAGACAGCAUUUCAAUCUGGUUUGGUCAAUAGGUUGUGAGUGUGAUGGCGUCGGGCAGUACGAGCAGUGAGGAGGAGAGGAGUCUGAGGGAGUGUGAGCUGUAUGUGCAGAAACAUAACAUCCAACAGCUGCUGAAGGACUGCAUCGUACAGCUAUGUACCUCCCGGCCAGACAGACCCAUGGCCUUCCUCAGAGAGUAUUUCGAGAGGCUGGAGAAGGAGGAGGCGAAGCAGAUCCUUCAGCAGCAGAAGUCCAACUCUCGCUCCGACUCCCGUGAGGAUGAAGUGUCUCCUCCCAUGAAUCCCGUGGUGAAGGGGCGGCGGCGGCGCGGUGCCAUCAGCGCCGAGGUCUACACAGAGGAAGACGCCGCCUCCUACGUCAGAAAGGUCAGGGGGGGUCAGCCCUCAGCCAAUCACGCAUCGCUACAGGUUAUUCCUAAAGACUACAAAACGAUGGCCGCCCUGGCUAAAGCCAUUGAGAAGAACGUGCUGUUUGCUCACCUGGACGACAACGAGAGAAGUGACAUCUUUGACGCCAUGUUUUCUGUUACCUACAUCGCCGGGGAGACGGUCAUUCAGCAAGGUGACGAGGGUGAUAACUUCUACGUCAUCGACCAGGGAGAGAUGGAUGUGUAUGUGAACAAUGAGUGGGUGACCAAUAUUGGGGAGGGGGGCAGCUUUGGCGAGCUAGCCCUGAUCUAUGGGACCCCCAGGGCCGCCACGGUCCGAGCCAAGAGCAACGUCAAACUGUGGGGCAUCGACAGGGACAGUUACAGGAGGAUACUCAUGGGAAGCACUUUGAGAAAGCGUAAGAUGUAUGAGGAAUUCCUCAGCAAGGUGUCCAUUUUAGAGUCUCUGGACAAGUGGGAGAGGCUGACGGUAGCUGAUGCUCUGGAGACCGUUCAGUUUGAGGACGGACAGAAGAUCGUGGUUCAGGGUGAACCUGGAGAUGAAUUCUUCAUCAUCCUGGAGGGUUCAGCGGCCGUGCUUCAGAGACGGUCAGAGUAUGAAGAGUUUGUGGAGGUGGGCAGACUGGGGCCCUCCGACUAUUUUGGUGAGAUCGCCCUGUUGAUGAACCGUCCCCGUGCUGCGACCGUGGUCUCCCGCGGCCCUCUGAAGUGUGUCAAGCUGGACCGCCCGCGGUUCGAACGCGUUCUGGGGCCCUGCUCAGACAUCCUGAAGAGGAACAUUCAACAAUACAACAGCUUUGUCUCUCUCUCAGUCUGAGUCCCCCUUCUAUCGCUCUGUCCCUCCACUCCUUCUAUCGCUCCACUCCUUCUAUCCCUCCACUCCUUCUAUCGCUCCACUCCUUCUAUCGCUCUAUCCCUCCACUCCUCUAUCCCUCCACUCCUUCUAUCGCUCCACUCCUUCUAUCGCUCUGUCCCUCCACUCCUUCUAUCGCUCCACUCCUUCUAUCCCUCCACUCCUUCUAUCGCUCCACUCCUUCUAUCGCUCUAUCCCUCCCCUCCUUCUAUCCCUCCACUCCUUCUAUCCCUCCACUCCUUCUAUCCCUCCACUCCUAUCGCUCUAUCCCUCCACUCCUUCUAUCCCUCCACUCCUUCUAUCCCUCCACUCCUUCUAUCCCUCCACUCCUUCUAUCACUCUAUCCCUCCACUCCUUCUAUCCCUCCACUCCUUCUAUCCCUCCACUCCUUCUAUCCCUCCACUCCUUCUGUCCCUCCACUCCUUCUAUCCCUCCACUCCUUCUAUCCCUCCACUCCUUCUAUCCCUCCACUCCUUCUAUCCCUCCACUCCUUCUAUCCCUCCACUCCUUCUAUCCCUCCACUCCUUCUGUCCCUCCACUCCUUCUAUCCCUCCACUCCUUCUAUCGCUCUAUCCCUCCACUCCUUCUAUCCCUCCACUCCUUCUAUCCCUCCACUCCUUCUAUCCCUCCACUCCUUCUAUCCCUCCACUCCUUCUAUCCCUCCACUCCUUCUAUCCCUCCACUCCUUCUAUCCCUCCACUCCUUCUAUCCCUCCACUCCUUCUAUCCCUCCACUCCUUCUAUCCCUCCACUCCUUCUAUCCCUCCACUCCUUCUAUCCCUCCACUCCUUCUAUCGCUCUAUCCCUCCACUCCUUCUAUCCCUCCACUCCUUCUAUCCCUCCACUCCUUCUAUCCCUCCACUCCUUCUAUCCCUCCACUCCUUCUAUCCCUCCACUCCUUCUAUCCCUCCACUCCUUCUAUCCCUCCACUCCUUCUAUCCCUCCACUCCUUCUAUCGCUCUAUCCCUCCACUCCUAUCGCUCUAUCCCUCCACUCCUUCUAUCCCUCCAUUCCUUCUAUCGCUCUAUCCCUCCCCUCCUUCGCCCUCUGGCUCCUCCCUCCUUUGCCCCCCCCCCCCCCCCCCCCCCCCGGCUCCUCCCUCCUUCCAUAACAACGGGUUCCACCAAUGAUCUGUUUAUUUUCUUCAUGUUUCUAACCCUCCAGCCGGGACUCCAGAUCACUUGGCUGGGACUUUGUUGUUGAACUGGUGUUAUUGUAUUCGCUAUGAACCCAGAUUCAUUUGAUUUGACACGUAUGCAGUGAACUCUGUUUCGAGGGCACAAUGUUUCUGUAGUAUUUUAAUGUCAACUAUGAAGACAGGAUGAGUUGUCUCUGGUGUUCAGACGGCAACAGGUUAGGGAGGGUUCAAACGUGACAGAGGGUUCCGUUCAGACCCAGGGUUCCGUUCAGACCCAGGGUUCCGUUCAGACCCAGGGUUCCAAUAGAAUUACAAUGCGGUUCCAUUACUGUUCACCCAGUGUUCUCUCUGACACCGGGUCAAAACUAAGACCUUGUAAUGUGUGAACUAGACACACCAUGAGUCUGUCCUGGUUAGGAUCCAGAAGACCUUGUAAUGUGUGGACUAGACACACCAUGAGUCUGUCCUGGUUAGGAUCCAGAAGACAUUGUAAUGUGUGGACUAGACACACCAUGAGUCUGCUCACAAUGGACAACACCCAGGGGCCAUGAUGUCACAAAGAAAUGGUCCUUUGUGACUUGUAAGGAAGAGAGAAGGAUUGAAUUGGAACCGCAAAUGUGUCAUGACAUUAAGCAUAUUGUGUCAUGACAUUAAGGAUAUUGUGUCAUGACAUUAAGCAUAUUGUGUCAUGACAUUAAGGAUAUUGUGUCAUGACAUUAAGCAUAUUGUGUCAUGACAUUAAGCAUAUUGUGUCAUGACAUUAAGCAUAUUGUGUCAUGACAUUAAGGAUAUUGUGUCAUGACAUUAAGGAUAUUGUGUCAUGACAUUAAGCAUAUUGUGUCAUGACAUUAAGCAUAUUGUGUCAUGACAUUAAGCAUAUUGUGUCAUGACAUUAAGGAUAUUGUGUCAUGACAUUAAGCAUAUUGUGUCAUGACAUUAAGCAUAUUGUGUCAUGACAUUAAGGAUAUUGUGUCAUGACAUUAAGGAUAUUGUGUCAUGACAUUAAGCAUAUUGUGUCAUGACAUUAAGGAUAUUGUGUCAUGACAUUAAGCAUAUUGUGUCAUGACAUUAAGCAUAUUGUGUCAUGACAUUAAGCAUAUUGUGUCAUGACAUUAAGCAUAUUGUGUCAUGACAUUAAGGAUAUUGUGUUGUGAUAUUCUUAAUGUCUGGGACAAGUCUAAAGUGACUUAUGGGGGAGGGAUGAGGGAGGGAGGGGGGGAGACCAUCUUUAGAGAAAUGUUGUUUUGAAUAGAUUUCCACCAAAGGCUGAUCUGUGUUCUUAUACUUACCUUUUUAUAGUUGUUUUCUGGAAUGUUCUUUGAGGGUACUAAGAAGCUGUGGUUUCUACACCAUGAGGUUGAGGGAGGCUGUCCCAGGUCCAGUGGUGUGGCUACUCUCUCCCUAUUGGAAAUGUAUCUAUUUCUCUCUACCCCCCUUUCUCUCCCUUUCCCAUCUUGUUUCCCCCCCCCCCCCCGGUCGUUGGGAUAGAUCUUAUAGGUGUCAUUGUGUCUGGGCGUGUUUAAAAUGCUCCGUUCAGGAAAGGGAAAACAACGUUUAGUCUACUCUGCCUGUUUCCUGGUCACAGAAAGCAGAACGUCAAGUUACUCUGACCAGGGUCAAGUUGAUCAGUCUUAAGGGAUGUUCACUAUUUCACUCUGUGCUACGUGUCCAUUUAGCUUCUAAAUAAGAGGUUUUAUAACAGGUGAGGAAAGCAUGUUACAACUCAACGCUAAUUCAACCUCCUCUCGUUGAAUCAAGAAUGUGGACCGUUCUGAUAUCAACUCUGGUUGGUUUAAUAGUAGUGUUUCAUCCCGUGGAUGGUACAUGUCCAGUGUCAUCCAGCUUCCUAAACACCUCCCAUGUCAAAAACAUUGAUAAAGAUAGUGGUCUGUUUGUGAAAACAGCUGUUUUUUCACCCCUUCAUUGAAGUGUUAGUUACAAGACUGAACCCUCAGUUUAUAAACUAUCUUUGAGAAGUGCCUGGUUGCGUUCUAUCGACACUCUCUUAGAAUUCACAAUUAGAACCAGAAGGAUUCCGGUUCCAUACCAUCAUGGAGUCGAGUGUUUUCAAUGUUUGGGGUCUAACAUUUAUCUAACCAUUUAUAGUUUGAACCUUUUUUUGUUGUCUUUUUUUGAAAAACCCAUGUUUGUUCUAAUCCCAAAUACAGUAUAUUGUUGUCGACUGGACAUUUGCCAUUUUAGAAUUUUGAUGAAUAUUUUGUAAUGUACUAUAUAGCGUUAGCGUAAGACUCCCUUCCCUCUCCAGCAUAACGCUAUACAACGUGUUACUGCUGUUAUUUUCAUGGAAAUUAUAAAGGAAUCCAUCAAAACUGUGAUGUAUAGCGAUUUGGAUACAAAUCAGUCCUGUUUAGACUAGUCCUCUGAAAGUAACUGUUGAAUCAAUCUGUUGUUAUGGACGUGUGUGUGUAUGUUCCAAAUGGAACCCUAUUCCCUAUAUAGUGCACUGCCUUUGACUAAGUAGUGCACUAUAUAGGCACUAGGGGUGCCAUUUUGGAGGCAUGCAGUGUUUUAUUUCACCAUGGUGUGUUGUCCUGGAUGAAGCGUUUCCAGCUGAAUUAGUAUCAGGCUGGAAUGGACUUGGCCUUGCUACAUCUCAUGGUUGAUGGAUUUCUGCUGUUUUUACAUUUUUACUGUUCAACUGUCCUUGGUGUAUUGUGUUAAUAAAUUUCCUUUUUUUUAUUUGUCA